UGCACUCUAGUCUGCACUCUUCAGCGUUCGAUCACGUUGAGUUGAGCGCUGUGCUAGUUUCACUCAUUGUUUCAGAUUCAGUUUACGAAAGUCCGUCUUUGAAACAGGUUGUCACUUGUGCGUGCUCUGUUGUGUUUACGGAGUGAUUACAGUGAGAAGUUGUGAUUUUCAACUAGAUAACAUGGAAGUGAUAACAGUUCAGCUUUUCAAAAGCUACUUCAUUGCUACAAGCUUCUUAUUGAUAUCCUACGCGGUGAGCCUACCCCAAUUCCAGCAAUCGCCCCCGUCAGGUAGGCUAAGCGCCUCAACGGGACGUGAACAACAGUCCAGGCAACAGAUGAGGUUCGAACAAAAUUUCACUUUACCAUUUAUAAAUGCAAGAAGUAUAAGAUUUCCAACGUCCUCCCUUUCGAUUGGCUUGGGCUUUCCUAGCGACAGUGUUGAGGAAAGAUUGGACCCGCCCACCACUGACAAGCUAGUCAGAUCACCUAGUGGAAGUGAAUGGGCUUUCGACUCCAUCAAUCCUAUGCUCGCAGGAUCUCAAUCAAAUUCUGGAUCCACUCAUGGAGUGCGCAGUAACAGAACUGCUAUGUCGGAUGAAAUAGUGUUCCCCGACCAGCUUCACAUGCUCAAUGGCAAGGUGAAGAACAGAGGAUCUACUAACAAGGACAACCAAGCCAUUUUCUCCUUACCCAAUAACACGACACCGAAAUGUGUUGAUCCCACAUCGGGAUCAACUUUCUGUGAACAAAUUGAUGAAUAUCCUGAUUCAAUCAUAGCAGAUGUGGUACAGAAGAGAAGAACUCAAUUUCAAACGUUUUUUGGAGAUGAUGUGGUAACAAACGAACUGUUCAACAGAAUCGAUGAUAAUCUUCGUCAGAUGAGUCUUUGCGUUUCUCGGGAACAAGUAAUCUUCCCAAAACUGGCCCUGAAUAAGGAUGAUAUAUGGAAGUACAUUGUUAAUGUGAAUGAAACCUACAGACAAGGCAUCAGAGUUGAACAAUGCUCGAAAGAGAACAAAGCGUGCCUGUUCAGCGAAUUCUUUCCGCGGCCAUCGAAGGCGACCUGCAAGCAGAAGUUCAUCUACAGGAAGCUGAUCGCCAUCAACUCGUUGGGUGAGCCCGAACCAGAUGCAUUCAUGUUCCCCUCGUGCUGCUCGUGUGUGCUCGAGUACAACUCGAGUGACCUCCAGCUGAGGUCCGCCGAGCCCGAGACACCUCGUGCCGUCUCCGCGCUGCCGCUGGGCGGUCACCCCAACCCCCGCCCCACUACCGGUCGCCCUGAUCCCAGGCGGAAAAUCAACGUCUGAUCUCAACCCAUAAGCUUGCUUGCUCUUCUUGCUUGAUGAGGGUCUCUUCACACUUUUAGCUACACGCUACGAUCAAGCACGUCCCAUCUCCCAAUUUUAAAUCCAAGUGACGAAUCUGUGCCGUUCACAUUCGUAGAUUGGAUUUAAUAUUGUGUAAUAGGACGAUAGAAGAUGUUAACAGGUCAGAUUUGUAGCUUGGAUUUCACAUUGGGAGAUAGGACGUAUUUCAGCGUAGCGUAGCUAAGUGUGAAGAGACCUUAAGAUCCGGGUGAUAUGAUACGUGUAACCUUAUCUCACAACACAUAACAAUUAUUAUAUCAACAAAUCUUAGAAUAUAAUUUCUCCAGGAUAAAACAUUGUGUUCCUGCUUGAUUGUUCUUCAUAGUUAAGUGGUCCCUAGACAGUCAAUAUUAUUGAACAAAACCAGUUCCUACUUAUAACAUUAGGCCAAACAACUAGAAUGAACUAAGCACGAUGCUAUAAGAAGGUCUUACGUUAUAAGUAGGUACUGAUCAAGGAUAUAUAUAGAUAUACACUAUAGAUAUAUCUAUACACUAUUCUUGGGUAAUGUGUACAAUAAUAUUGACCGUCUAGGGACCGGUUCGAUGUCAUCUGAAAUGUGUGUGUAGUGAAGUCAUUUUUGACACUUAAAUGUACACCAAUUUAUUAUCAAAUUGUGAGAUAUAAACUCUGUGAGCAAUCAUUGUCUGCGUGCUUUCAAAAGUUUGAUUUAUUGAUUAUUUUUAUGCGUUGAUGUCUUGCAAUAUUGAUUUCAUUGUGCUUGAUGUUAGUUAUUGCGAUCUAGUUGUGAUGGGAUCUUGGAAAACAUAUAGUGAGCAACUUAAUAACUCAUCAGUUUAUAGAACAAAACAGACUUCAAUUAAUACAUCCGAAACUAAAAUAUCAAUUUUGUAUACAGUUAGCUUGUCCAUUUCAUUUAUAAGACUUGAUUUAGAUUAUGAUGGCGCUAUAAAUUACCAUACAAAUGAACUUUCCAAUUUAAUCUUGUAUCAAAGCAUACUUGAUCAUUUAUUUAGAAUCAACCUUUUUUGAACGAGAUCUUGAGGUGUAUCAUUCCAGUACAAUGUCAUUAUAUUAUAUGGAUGGUUUUGUAUAAAAACGUACUGUUUUUGAAUAAACCUACAUACCGGUACACCAUAAUAAAAUAAUACAAUACUACAUCUAUUAUAAUAAAUACUAACACUAAAUAUGGUUGAAAAUUUGAAUAGAGUUUGAUACGGUACUUUGAUAUAAGCUGUUGAAUCAAACUAUUCCCCACUGAUUUACUACCUACAGAAUUUAUCAUAAUUAUUACUUGUGUUCAUUCAAAUGUCGACAUUGGGUGGCCUACACUAAACUUUCUUCUUUUAUUCGUUUUCAAAACACUACUGUAAUAAUAAUUCCUUGUAUGUAGAUCUACUCUGAGAUUUAUGAAGUUCAUGAAUCUCGUAUAUGCUCUCCAGAGAAAAAUAAGAAAAAUAUAAUACCGUAUACAAUUAUAUAAUAUAGACCUACACUAUUUUUUAUAAAAUUUGUGAAGAAUAACACAUAUUAUCGAGAUCUAUAAUCAAUAGUUCUCAGCUUCCCUAAAAAUAAAAUCACAAUCAUCUUCUCUUCAUUUCAUUUUUUUCUAUGAUUAUUUUAAUUGCAUUUUUCGUCUCUAGAAAAAGAACUUGGUAGCGAAGAACUUUGAAGUGCUACCGCCUACACAUACUUUGUAAAAAUUAUUUCUAUUAAGUUAAUUCCUUUUAAACAAUUCUUCAAGUGGGGAUUUAAAAAAAACAAACAAAAACAUUCCUGAUUAAAAAUGAAUGUUAUUUUUUAAAUAUAACUUAAUUAGGCCUUUAUGACUUCAUUAUUCUAGCUUGUAAUACCAAAUCUUAGGAAUAAGUUAAUAUUAUAUUAGUGUUAUUAUUUUGCAAUUUUUUUACUUUGUUAAUAACAAAAUCAAUGUAUAUUAAUUACUACGCGAUGAAAGCUUGAUAUAAGUAUAAUACUUUUCAUAAGCUAACUAUGCAACUCCAUUACCUAAACCACCAUAUUUAUCUUUCCAUUUUAUUUUUUCGAUGGAGACAAUGGAUGCUUUACAUUGAUUGGAUUCAACGCCAUUCAUUCAUCAUUUUUAAACUUAUGAUAAGUCUUAUUUUUUAACAAUUCAUCUCAUAUUCUAUUAAGCUAUGUAUUAUGAUACUCUAUUAUUGUGAAUUAUUCGACAAUGCCUAAUUAGUCUCAGUAGAUUUUGGAAGCAUUAGAAGCGAAAUAGGCUACAUCUGAUGCAGGUAUAAAGGCAUUAUGUACGGUACUGUACCGUACCUACAUAGUAUGAAUAAAGUUAUUAAGAGACACUAGACAGACCCACCAAAAAUUGAUCUGAAAUAUACUUCAUAAUAAGAAUUAUUCUUGAUGUGAAGUAAUGUUGCAAAUUAAAGUUUGUAAAUAUUUUCGAAUAUUACUAUUAUUUUCCAAAUUAUUUGAUGAAUUCAGGAAUCGUAUGCCGAAAUCUAGUCUAUAUAAUAUUAAGGAAAUUACUGUUAAUAAUAUAAAAAUUGAGCUAGAAUAAGAAUAUUAUGUUAAGAGUAUUGUAUUUCUAAUAAAGAACUUAAAUAUAUCAAA